CCAAUCCAUGGGUUUACUCCAAUCCAAAUCUUACUUCCUUUCUGAGGAAAGUCAGUGGAUGUACAGAGUUCAUUGUCAUUUAAACAACAUUGGCAUUAAACCCAUCUACAAGUUUUUUUUCCUUUUAUCUCACCUCCUUAAUGAAUUAUAAUCAUAGAGUUGUUACAGCUGGAAAAGACCUUUAAGAUCAUCAAGUCCUUAUUAUGGGAGAAUACAGAUUAUUUUCAUAGAAUCACUAUGGUUGGAAAAGAUCUUUAAGAUCGAGCCCAACCACUAACCUCACACUGCCAGGCCCAUCACUAAACUAAACCAUAUCCCUCAGCAUCUCGUCUAUGCAUCUUUUGAAUAUCUCUAGGAAUGGUGACUCCACCACCUCCCUGGGCAGCCCCUUCCAAUGCUUAAUAACCCUCUUAUUGAAAAAGUUCUUCAUAAUGUCUGUUCUAAACCAGCCUGGGCACAACUUGAACCUAUUUCCUUGUGUCCUAUCAUUCGUUAAUGGAGAGAAGAGAUCAACCCCUGUCUCACUACAACUCCCCUUCAGGUAGUUGUAGAGAGUGAUCAUGUCUCCUCUCAGUCUCUAGGCUAAAUAUCACCAACUCACUCAGCCGCUCCUGUUUUUUAGACCCUUCACCAGCUUUGUUGCCUGUCUCUGGACGUGUUCCAACACCUCAAGGUCUACCUUGUAGUGAGGGGCCCAGAACUGGACAAUGUGUCCGAGGUGUGGCCUCACCAGUGCUAAGUACAAGGGGACAACCAUCUCCUUGCCAGGAUCCAGGCCAGGAUGCUAUUGGCCUUCUUGGCCACCUGGGCACACUACUGGCUUGUAUUUAGCCGGCUGUCAAUUAACCCCCAUGUCUUUUUCUGCAAGACAGCUCUCAAGCCCCUCUGUCCCAAGCCUGUAGCGCUGCCUGGGGUUGUUGUGGGCCAAGUGCAGGACCUGGCACUUGGCCUUGUUGAACCUCAUGCAAUUGGCCUCAGCCCAUUGCUCCAGCCUGUCUAGGUCCAUCUGAAGGGCUUUCCUACCCCCAAACAGGUCCACGCACCCGCCCAGCUUGGUGUCAUUGAGGUGCAAAUUUACUGAGGAUGCGCUUGAUCCCCUCGUCCAGGUGAUUGAUAAGUUGUUAUACAAAACAGGCCCCAGCACCAAGUCCUGGGGAACACCACUGCCAACUGAUUUUUACUCCAUUCACUAUGACGCUCUAAGCUUGGCCAUCCAGCCAGUUUUCCACCCAUCUCAGAGUAGGUCCAUCCAAGCCAUGAGCAGCUAUUUUCUCCAGGAGGAUACUGUAGAGACUAUGUCAAAGGUCCUGCUGAAAUCUAGGAAGACCACAACCACAGCCUUUCCCUCAUUGACUAGGUGGGUCAUCUUGUCGUAGAAGGAGAUGAGAUUGGUCUAACAGGACCUGCCCUUCAUAAAGCCAUAUUGGCUAUGCCUGAACCCUUGGUUAUCCUAUAUGUGCCUCAGGAUUGCUCUCAGGAUGAGCUGUUCCAUAACCUUUCCUGGCACUGAGGUCGGUCUGAAAGGACUGUAGUUCCCAAGAUGCUCCUUCUGACCCUUCUUGUAGAUAAGGUUCACAUUAUCCAUUCUCCAGUCCUCUGGGAUCUCCCUGGUGAGACAGGGCUGCUGGUGGAUGAUGGAGAGUGGUUUGGUGAGCACUUCCACCAGCUUCCUUAGAACCUUUGGGUGGAUUCCAUCCAGCACCAUCAACUUGGGGCAUGGACACUAAGACCUUAUUGAUUGCAGCUUACAACAUGUGUAAAGAAACGCUGAAAAUAUUAUCCAUGUGCUUUCAGUGUAUUGACUUUUGCUUUUCAGAAUGGUUUAAACAAAAGUAUACAGUGCUGUGACUGAACUCCUUUUAAGGGCUAAGAUUUGUCUUCAGGUUGCUCAUUUUGCCUUUCUCCGUAUGGUUUAUGGGGAUCAGAGAAGGUUAGAUAGAAUUUCCAUAGUUGGUGGCAACGAAAAUUGAGCAUAGCACCCUACUUAUUUUGUUAAUCACAAGGAUGGGGUUUUUUCUAGGUUUGAAUUUUUGUUUCAGUUUUAAGUAUGGUAAAAUGUGAAUGUCACAUGAAGAAAAAAGCAGUCUAUGGCUCAGCUAUAUCUUCAGAGUUAACCAGUUUACGUACUUAAGGUCGGAAUUUUUUCUUUGUGUGGUUUUUUGAGCCUGGAGGGGGUGUAUGUGUGUGUGUGUUGGGGGGGAAUCGUUAAAAUCCCAGUAACUCAUUCAGAUUGGAAUCACUUAAGAUUAUGCUCAUAAGUAAGGAAAUCCAUACAGUCCUGAGUUCAUAGGUAAUUAUUUUUUUAAAAUAUUAUAUAUUGUCAUUAUUUCAUUUAAGGGAAAGUAUGUUCCUCAUAGUAGUGGAUUUACACUGGGGAAGGGAGUAGGGAUGUUAAUUCUUUUGUUUACGCUGUGUGGUAAGACAACCUCUUACCUCCGAAAACUGUUCUUGAAAAAGGCCUUGAGACUUUUAGGGCAGAAAAGUUGAUGGUAAGCAGGGAAGUUGAGAGUUGCUGGGGGAUCAGUCAGAACUUUGUAAAAUGCUGUGGAACUUGAGUCUUAUUUCCAGAAACUCUUGAAAUACCACUCAUCAUCAAGCUGAUGACUUGUUUCACUUCCUAUGGAAUUUCCAGACUGUUUUAAGAACUGCUUAUGUAAAAAUGCACCUAGUUAAGAAUGAACACCAGAGAAGUGCUGUGGUAGACAUGAGCUCCAUGUCAUGUUGGCUUCCUGUUUAAAAAACAGUAGGCUGGCAAUUUUAAAGGGACAGCGACAAAGUGAUGACUAGGUGCCAAGUGCCAGCUGCUCUUAUUCACCAGAUUGAACAAGAACUGGAUAAAGAAGAAGAAGAAAUGAUGGUUUUCCUGUGCCGAGACCUUGCUUCUGAUUUGGUCACUGCUGACCUUAGAGAGCUCUUGAUGGCUCUGAAUGAGAGGGAGAAAUUGUCUUUUCUCGGUUUAUCUGAGCUCUUGUACAGAGUUAAGAGAUUUGACUUGCUGAGGAGGAUCCUGAAGACUGAGAAAGCAACAGUGGAAGCUAACCUUGCCAGGAGUUGCAGACUUUUGCCUGAUUACAGGGUGCUAAUGGUAGAGAUUAAUGAAAGUCUGGAAAAAGAAGAAGUGGGUUCUCUUGUUUUUCUACUCAGAGAUUAUGCACCUCGUAUGAAAAUGGCAAAAGAUAAGAGUUUUCUGGCUCUUGUGAUUCACCUGGAGAAACUAAAUUUGGUGGCUCCUAAUCAACUGGAUUUGAUAGAACGUUGUUUUAGAAAUAUUCACAGGAAAGACCUGAUAAGGAAGAUUCAGAAGUACAAACAUGAAACUUUAGUGUCCUCCGUUCAUUCUCAGCCAGUAUAUGUAAAUGCACUUCAGGCAUCUCUCCCUAAUCUCAGUCUGAUUGACCCUCCUUAUAAUUCAGGGAUACAGAAUGUGAACAAAGAAAAAUCACAAAAUCAACAAAGUCUUAUUCUGGCAGAACCAGUCCACAUGUCCAUUCAGGAAACAGGAUCAGUGUCACAUAAGGUGUUUGAUGAUCAGUACAGAAUGCAAAGUCAGCCUUUAGGAAUAUGCCUGAUAAUAGACUGUAUUGGCAAUGACACGGAUGUGUUGGAAGAGACCUUCAGAGGCUUAGGCUAUGAUGUUCGUUGUCACAGACAUUUAAGUAUGAACACUAUGAACCAAACACUGCUUGAAGUUGCAAGAUUGGAAAACCACAGAAAUUGUGACAGCUUCAUUUGCAUAUUGAUCAGCCGUGGAAACCCUCAAAGCAUCUUCUGUACAGACCAUACUUUUUCUGGAUUUCCUUUGGAACAAAUAAAGAAAUACUUCACAGCAGACUCAUGUCCUGAACUCCGAGGAAAACCAAAGCUGUUUUUCAUUCAAAGCUACAUUGUGCCAGAGAAUGAGCAAGAAUGUACUAGUCUGUUAGAAAUUGAUGGGAAUGAUGAGAACAACAUUGCUAACACAAAAAUCCCUUGGAGAGUGAGUAUUCCCCAAGUAGCAGACAUCUUUUGGAGUCACUGCAAGGUGGAUGCAUCCGCACUAGAAAAAUCUACAAGUUCAUCCUCAUGUUAUCUGCGUUGUCUGGCUGACCUACUCCGCAAUCCUCAUAAAAGGAAACUCUCUAUAUUAGAUAUCCAUACAGAACUGAACAGAAGAAUCUAUGAAUGGAAUAAGACCACUGACCCAAGCCAACAAUACUCACUGCUGCUCCAGCACACCCUGAGGAAGAAACUUUUUCUUUCUCCCACCUAAAUGCUGUUGGAAAGGACAUGUCUGAAAUGGCUAACAAGAAACACUUAACUCCAGUUUCACACAUACCUUUAUUUUAUGCAUUGUUAUUACAUGUAUAUCUGAAGUGCCCAUGGCUUCCAAACCCAGGGAGUUAGAAGCAUUUUGAUGUGUUAAGGCACUAAAUUUUAUAUUUUAAUAGAGAAGCCACUGAAAGCUUGGAUGAGAGCAACAGCUAUCAUAUAGUACUGCAACAGGUAUUACAGCCAAGUAUGAGAGGUAGACGGGGGGAAGGAGCUCUAAACUGUACAGCUGUUGGUUUUUCCAGCGAGUUUUUUUUUAUUUCAUUGGUGUUUUUUUAGCAUACCUAUUAGCAGUGCACCGAUCUAGGUUCUUCUGUUGAUGCUUAAAAUAAAUACAAACAAGUGCAAACCACUGAAAUUCACUGGUUACUGGCUGCUUUCCUCAGCACCUAAUAAUGGAAAAUGUGUCAGGAAAGAAUGCCUGUCCAGCAUCACUAGUUCUUCAUUAACGACUUCUGGCUUGUGUGUUUCCAGACUAGCAGAACAGUGGGAGGAGAGAGAUUAUCUUUUAAAUAAUUUAGAUUCCAUCUGCCUGCUGCAUGAGAAGUUAAUGGUUCACCCAGAACAUGUCUUCCAUGCAAGCAGAAAGGAGAGGGGGUUUUGCUAGUGCAGGAGAUGGUACUUCCUUGAGCAAAUAUAUUGCAAAAAGGGCGGGGGGGGUGGGUGGGGGUGGUAGUGUAACUGCAUUUGAUUUGAUCAAAUAGCAGAUGUGCUUACAUAAAAAAAGCAUAAACAAUGUUUUUGAUUGUAGAUGAAGUCUAAUGGGCAGCUACCCUAUUGAUACUGUACAUUGUAUACUAUCAGUAUACAUUAGUAUAUUGAUAAUAAUUAAGAGGGUUUGGACAGUAAACUUAGUGUCUUAGCAGUGAUUUUUUUUUAAUUCUUUGAUAUUAUGUUGUACUUCUCAAGUGUUGGUUUCUCUAUUUUUUUAAACCAGACUUCUUCAGUUUUAUUCAGAAAAAACAAAUAUGAAGAGGAGAAAACCACUUAGCAAAUGUUACCUUAUAGUCUUCAUCCCUAUAAAACAAUGAUUAAAAUAUAUAUUUAUUUAUAUUAGUGUACCAUUUUGUAUCAUAUAUAAAGUACGUUUUAUAUAAUUGUGAUUAAAUCUUCAGGUUUUUUUAACUUUGUAUUAAGUUUUCUUUGUAUGUUAACUCUAGAAAGUUACAUACAGUUGUGAUGAGGAGAAAUUUUUUUACAGUCUAGAAAAAUAAUUCACCUGUAUUGGAAGCCUACACAUUCCAUACUUCUCUUUCCACUUCUUAAGCUAUAAUGUCCUCAUUAAUAAAAGUAUCUGAGAUAUCCUUAAUAUUUUCAUGUAAAACUGUGGUCAUGUAAGUUGUGUUACUGUAAUUUCACAUAGGCCUAGGCAUAUGAGGAAAAUAAUUUUUUUCUAAAUUCAGAAGUUCUUUAAAAGCUUGUUCUCCAUGAGUGUUAAAGUAGAAACACUAAAUCCAAUUCCAUGAUGUUACAGAUGUGAAAAUAAACACGUAGUAGCAGGACAGGGGACAGAUCUUCCUUUCAGUUUUCUUUUUUUCUGACAAAGGGUUUAUUGGUCCUGUUCUUAAACUAGUACCACGUUGCUUCUGGCUUUAAAAAUACUUGGUAUCUUAAACCUUUUCAUAUGUAAUCCACACACUCAAGUAGAGAACUUACUGCAUCGCAUCAGUGGAGGGUUCUGUAUUAUAUGUGAGAGGUAAUCAAAAUAGCAUUAAUUUCUAACCUUGAAUAUUUUAAUAACUGACUGUCUUACAAUAGAAUAAAGCACAAGUAUGAUUUUGGAACUACUGUGCUCAUGUGUCAUAGGAUAAGAGAAGGACGGAAAAUGGCAGAUUUGUAAUCUUCCAAGACGCUUCCUGUAGUGUCUGGUAAAUAAAGUAAAUUGUGAAACAAAUACAUUUUCUGUUGUAGAAAUAAGAUGUGAUUCCAUCAUAUAUGUCUAUGUGAUGUUAAUAAAUGUGA